AUGACACAUCAUAAAGAUUGUGUUUCAUUUACUACAACUGUUUCUGCUAGAUUGUGGUUGAUGGAUUGCCCACCUGAUAUUCCGGUUACAGAGCUAGCAACUCGCAUUUACGAUGAAAGCAUUGAACCACCGAUUUUGGGGAGAUUUGUUAUUUAUGCUCGUCAGUCGACCGAUCUAGAAACAGAAGUUGAACUAAAAACGCCAGAUAAACUACAAAGACAACUUCCUCAUGCUCAAGAUAUGAAGAGAAGUAUUUCACGCACCAAAACGUUUACAACCGAAUUCGCUCAAAUUAGGUGCAUUUGCCUGACAGACGGCAACAAUGACAAAACUCUGGAGUGUUUAGAACAUUAUUGUCAAGUUGCGAUCGGUCCAUUUGUAGAGAUUCAACAAAAUAAGCCUAUCUGGAUUGAAAUGGUUGGAAAUCUGGUACCAGUGUUAAGAUCUGAUGAACAGUUGAACUUUGCCAUUCGACCAUUCCAUGAUAACAGAAUUACAUUCCCAGUUCGAUUGCGAGACGUACUGGAUCAUGAACCAGAUUCAAGUACAGUUACUGGAAAAAUUGCAUUUGUACGUGAACCACGCAAAGCUCAAACAACUUUGGAUAUGACUAGCGCACAACACCAACGUCUAAUCACUCUAUUAGAAUUCAAGCUACCAAUUCCAGAUAAAACUAUUGUGAUAUCUACAAGAGAUAAUCGUCUGGCUGGCGCGCUCACUAAAAUAAAUCAGUUUGACGCUGUUCCUCCAGUCAUGACUGACUUACACCCAGUAACGACGAAAGAAGAAAGAAUAACUGAAACUGACGUCUUCGAGGGACGACCUAUCCUGCCAUUGGUUGCUAAAGAAAUUUUACCACAAGUAACAUUAAACGAAGUACUGACAUACCCGAGACGUGAAGCAAUAAAUAGUUCUUUAGACAUGAAAUAUCAGAAAAUGGAAGAAAAGAAAAAACAAGAAACAGAUACAGUGUUUUCUUGGUCUGAAAAUGCAUUUCUUUCGUCAGAUGAAGGUGUUUCGACCAUUUCGGCUUCUGGUGAAACAGAUGAUCUUCGUAAACCAGAAGCAACAGUUUUACAGUCUGUUUCUCAGGCUGAUGUUACAGACCAAGAAAAACUUCCUGUUGAUGUUCAUACUGUUCCAACCAUGUUUACUUCAGUUGAAAAUGCAUCAGAUCAAAUAUUAGUGUUAAGUCACUAUGACGACGUCACUGAAGAAAAACCACAUGUUCACUGGCAAGAAGCUUUGCUGACACAUUUGGAAUCAGUUGGCGUUCGUUUAGAUUUACCAACAAAGUUCAGCCAAUUAGCAGACAAGCAAAUCGAAGAACCAGAUAGUCAAAUAACAGAAGUUUUCAUGAAACCAAUAUCUCAAUAUGUUGAACAUAAAUCUACUUCAACUGACAGAAAACAGAUAAAAUAUGUCGUACAAGAAUUAUUAGAUGCCAUUGGACCACAAUUCGUCGACAUUGCUUUAGUUGAACAGCUACUGCCAACUGAUCGUGGAGAAAUAAUGGAAGAUAUAAUUGAACCUAGAACAUUUGAUCGUAAGGAACAGACAAUCUCACUUUUGAAGGAUUCUCAAAGAGUAAGAACCAUAUCGACGGUAACACCUUCUCAAUCCCCUCCUGUUCAUAGUACAAAUAAAAGUGGAAUAUCCGAAUUUACAGAUACACUGAAUACUGAGUUCAUUAUGCCACAAAUCUUUCCUACUGAAGAAGACACGUCAACUGAGGAGGUCAUCAGAGUUAGUAGAGUCCAAGAAACAGAUGAAACACUUAAAAAACGAGUCUCAACUAAACAAUCAUCUAUAAUGUCAUCUACAAUAGGAAUGGAAGAAGACAGCUACAUAUCUCCACAAGAAGUGAAUGAAGAAUUCCCUGUUCCGUGGUUAGAAAACUUGCAGGAUGAAGAAUCAUUCGAAAAUGCUUAUCAGAGAGCAGUACUAACCAACAAUAUUCGACAAAUCGACAGAGUUCAAACUUGCAAAAUCACAGAACCUGAAGUCUCAAAAAUGAAAUCUGAUAUUAAAAUACCUCCCACCGUAAACGAACUUCAGAUUCCAUCACCAUAUAAGUCUCAUUCAGAUUCGGUCAGUACCGAAGUGAUCCAGUCAAUGCCGAAAGAAUCGCGUAAAAUCGAAGAAGUUGAGGAAGUUCUACCAGACGGUACGGUUGUCACAAAACGCACAGAAUCUGAAGAAACCACUCUCUCAGUUACUCCGGAUGAAUGGAAAUUGGGUGUACAGGCAGCAAUUGAGUCUGGAGGUUAUUUGGUUGAAAAACCAGAAGAAAUCACAGAAGUGGAACAAGUUGACGAAACACUAGCUGAUGGAACUAUAAUAACUCGCUUAAUAACAACAAAAAAAGUGGUUGAUAGAGUUUUUGAACGUUCAAUUUCAGAAGAGCAGUCCGUAUCAUCUGGUGUGAAUGAAGAAUUGUUUGUAGAAACAGAUUCAACGAUACCUGAAGUUUCAACUACAGAAGACCAAUUUUUCUAUCAUGACCAAAAACUUCAAGAAGAACAGAAUAAUGAGGAAAGUCAGGACGUUAAUCAACCUGACUUAAGUAGACCAAGGACUAUUUUACCAAACUUAACAGACAAUAAACGGAAAGAGCAAAUAAAUAUUUCAGAGACUGGUAGAAAAACCGACGAUACCAAAGAUAUACUAACUGAAAAUGAAAUACAGGUUACACAAUCCGAGCAUGAUGGACAAUCAACACACGUAUUCAAGGAAGAAUACAUAAUUUCAGCAGAAGAAACAGAACUUACAGAAACAAAUGAAAAUAGACAAUUACAACACGCAACACUAGAACAGGAAGACUACACAAUAGGCGAAGCAAAAAUAGAAGAAAAUACAAACGAAACGGAACGAAAAAUAGCAGCUAUUAAAACAAACUCAAAGGACCUAGAAGAAAUUGACGGCGGCGCCAUCAGAAAAGCAAUAUCUAAAGAAACGAAGUGCAAGAGUAAUAUCCUUGAUGAAAACAAAAUACAAAGCAAAAUUGGAGUAAGAACAAAAAUAAAAGAAACAGCGAUGCAAGAAAGUAAAACAAAAAAAAAUGACACACAUGAAAAGUCAAAAAGAUGA